ACUUGGAGCUCCGAGCAACAUAACCUCAGAACUGAGCGCUUCCCAGUUUAAAAACUGGGACAUCAUGGAACAUGGAAUUCGAAAAAAAUGGCCAGUUAAUGAAAUGAAACGAAAACCCCAACGUUUAUGUUGGGAGAUGCUGGAUUUCAAUGCUUUUCCGACUUCAAACUUCCAACUUAUGAGUACACCUGAACGCACCAUUAGUCGCAGCAGAAACACCGUUGCUAUCAAAUGGAUGAGCUGUGCAGUGUUAUUAACCGAGAAUUACGUGGAAAAUGAACACCUUGCUUUCCCAACUCUGGAAGGAUCUGCUCCAGCCUACACCGAUUCAAGAAGGGGAAAAUGUGGAUUGAUCACUGACAAGGCUGCUGCUGCUGCCAUUUCAACUUUGUGCUGCAAUCUCCACACAGAUGUCCUUAAAAGCAUGUCUUGAGGAGUGUAUGGAGGCCUUGGAUCUGUUUCUCAACAACCACUUCAGUGAGAGUCUGGACAAACUGCAGCCACGAUGUAAGGAGAGUAUGUAUCAUGCUCUGAUCUACGCUACAGUGUUGGAGAUGCAGGCUAUGAUGACCUUCCAGCAUGACGACAUUGUCAACGCAGGGAACACAAUGAAGAGUGCUCAAGAAGUUUGCCAGAGGUUUCGUAAGAGGUCUGGCAGUCUGGCAACCAGAGCAGCAGGAGAUGAGCUGUGUGAACAGGAGCUCCAUGCUGAGGCGUGUUAUGCUGAAUGCUUGCUACAAAGAGCUGCUCUCACAUUUUUACAGGAUGAGAACAUGGUGAGUUUCAUUAAAGGAGGAAUCAAAGUACGCAAUAGCUACCUCAUAUACAAGGAGCUCCACUCCUUUAUUGAGUCACAACGCUCCUUCAAGGGGCCAAAUCACAAGCACCUGGAGGGAGGGGUGGCGUUCGGAAUCGGUGCUUUCAACUUGACACUUUCCUUGUUCCCUGCACGGAUUCUCAAGGUUUUAGAAUUUGCUGGAUUUUCUGGGGAUAAGGAAUAUGGGCUUUCCCGGCUGUAUGAAGGGGCCACCUCCUAUAACCUGCGUUCUAUGCUAUGUGCUCUGCUGCUGCUCUGCUACUACACCUUCCUCUCAUUUAUUUUAGGGACAGGUGAGGGAGAAGUAGCUGAUGCAGAGAAACUGCUGAAGCCAUUUCAGCUACGAUAUCCGCAGGGGGCCAUUUUUCUUUUCUUUGCGGGCAGGCUAGAGGAAAUAAAGGGCAACAUUGAUGAGGCAGUAUUGCUAUUUGAGGAUGGUUGUAAAGCACAGCAGGCCUGGAAGCAGUUUCACCACAUGUGCUACUGGGAACUGAUGUGGUGCUUCACCUACAAGAGGCACUGGAAAAUGGCCUACUUCUACGCCGACCUGCUCAGCCAGGAAAGCCGCUGGUCCAAGGCUAUGUAUGUGUACAUGAAGGCUGCUUGUCUCAGCAUGCUGCCAGAAGGAGAUGCUCGGCCAUUUGGGGAGAACGAGAUUGAGCUCUUCAGGCAGGUGCCAACCUUCAAACAGAAGAUAGCAGGGAAGUCUCCUCCUACAGAGAAGUUUGCUAUCCGCAAAGCACGACGCUACAAAGCUAGCACCCCCAUACCACUCCCUGUUCCUGUGCUUGAGAUGAUGUAUAUGUGGAAUGGCUUCUCCAUGAUAAGCAAGCAGCCAGAGCUCACAGCGGGCAUGCUGGAAACUCUCCUGGAGGCAGAGCAAACCCUGCAGGCUGCUCCUGAGAAUGAGUACACCGUGGAUGACAGCUGCCUGAUUUUGCUGUUGAAGGGACUAUGUCUGAAGAACCAGACCCGACUGCACGCUGCUGAAGAUUGUUUUAACAAAGUUUACAGCAGUGAGAAGAAAGUGAAGUAUGACCACUACCUGAUUCCUAACACUCUGCUGGAGCUGGCUCUGCUCUACGCUGAUACAGGAAGGAGAGAUCAAGCCAUCAGACUCCUGCAGAAAGCCAAGAAUAACUACAAAGAAUACUCAAUGGAGUCCCGCACUCAGUUCAGGAUCCACGCAGCUCUGUCCAAACUGAAGGCUGACACGAGUGACCAGGACGAGAUCACAGCCCUGUAACUAUUACCAGUUGAAGUGCCAUGUUGGGGACUGACUGUUCCAGUGAACUACGAUACCAAAGAGAUGUUGUCGUCCUCACUCCCUAAUGCUGUCCAGUGGAAGGUUAAAUAUGAAGGACUGAACUUAGCCUUGUGGACAUCUUGGACACUUAAAACACUGCAUUCAUAGCCAAUUUACAUGAGAUGUGUAUUUUAAGAUAAAUAGCUUCGUUCUAAGUAA